GUGCCCUGGAAGUGGAAGGACUCCACAGUGUCAACAGGGGAGUCACGCAGGGUGAUGGGGGCAGGUGGGACUGGGUUCUUCCUGUAAUCCACAACCAUCUCCACUGUCUUAAGAGAAGUCAGGUACUGGCUCAGGGCCCCCCUGCCUGACCCUUUGGACCCCUGGGUCUGUUUGGUAAUGCACCCAUGUCGCGGCCUUUCCUCUGGUGUCGUCAGGCCAAACUAUAUUUUGCCCCAGCAGUCAGUAUCUCAUUUUUUCAUCAGUCCAACAAUUUUUUCUUUCUGAUAAUUUUCAACACAGCCUCACAGGGUCGCUAGCAUAUCACUGGUUUCAGUCUUAUUUGUUUUGCCUCCCCACAAUCCACAUAGCCUACCUGCAGGUGGUGUUAUUAUGCUGGCCUCAGUCUCAUAUUUGUUUAAGUAAUUUGUCAUUUUAUUUGAAAGGGAAUUCAAAAUGCCUAUCUUUGGAUGAAAAAAAACACUUUUACUUUAGAAAUUAGCCAUAACAGGCACUUCAUGUUGCAGAGGCAGAACUAAAUCUGUAACUGGUGUGUUUCCUCCUGUAAUAAUUUUCUAUAAGUCCUCCUGCCUAUCAGUAAUAGUUCACUAGUAGACUAUAUAAUGAUAAUCCUCUAUUAGAUGCAUAUACUGUGAGUGAGAUAUUCUUGCUCACUUAAAAUGUAUAUAGUCCAGAAAUACAGACACCAACCUUCCCCUACUCAGUCCUCAUUCAUUGCACCACCCAGUGAACAAGGCAGGUGUUAUAACAAGUAAAUGUACUUACAACGGCGGCAUUGUGAGUUAACAUGGUUUGCAACGUUUAUUCCCUCAUGUGUAUCGUUAAUUUGCAUCUUCACUGCCUACAGCAGUGUUUUGAGUCAGAUACAAACGAAACUUAUCUUUUUUGGCGCCGUCAGAUCUGUGUUGCAUGGUUUCAUAUGAGAGUGUGUGUGUGUGUGUGUGUGUGUGUGUGUGUGUGGGUUGGGUGGAGGGAGCAGUCUUUUCAGAGAAAAUGAAACAGCGGUGUAGGUGCAGCAGAGUACACACGUGUUGCACAAAAGUUGGUGGCACUUUCUUUUGAGAUAUUUAGAGCUCACGGAACCGGAGAAAAGGCAUGGCCGUCCAACAGUAUCCUUCAGGCAUGGCCGUCCAACCGUAUCCUUCAGGCAUGGCCGUCCAACCGUAUCCUUCAGGCAUGGCCGUCCAACCGUAUCCUUCAGGCAUGGCCGUCCAACAGUAUCCUUCAGGCAUGGCCGUCCAACAGCAGCCAACCCAGAUGGUGACAGUGACCCAAACCACCCGAAACCCUGGGACAUGGAGCACUGGCCUCUGUGAUUGCUGCAGUGAUAUGGGCACCUGUUGCUGCGGUCUUUGGUGCUUCCCCUGCAUGCAGUGUCAGACAGCUGCCCACCAUGGCUGGUGCUGCUGCAUGCCACUCCUGGACGUCUGCUGUGUGGUGUCCUGCUUACUCCGCUCAGGGAUUAGAGAGCGCCACGGCAUCCCUGGCUCAUGCUGUGAUGACUGCUGCAAGUUAUUUUGGUGUUACCAGUGUGUCUGGUGCCAGAUGAAUCGUGAGCUGAAGAUCAGGCGCAGUCAGUUGGGCAGCACCUCAGUGGUCACCACACAGGUCAUCAGGGGAUAGGACGCAACCAUUUUGGUUGUGGGCUGAGGGCAUAUGACAUGUUUGCCAAAUAACAUAGAGUCUACUAAUGUUCUUAUGAUAAAAACAUCCAAUAAAAGGUUAGUUCCAUUUUUGCUGUUUUAUCAGAAUGAGGUCGAAGACAAAGAUAUCGACUAAAGAAUGUAGCCUACAACUCUAUACUUUUGUACAACAACAUCACAUGUACACCAACUUUUAGCAGUUAGCAUCAUGAGCAUACGUUGUAUAGUAGUGAGCUACCGUUUGUAAUGCCUAGAUUUUGCUGUUUUUUGAGAAUUAACCUUGCUUUUCAAAGCAUUAGAUACAAUGUUAAAGCCAUAUUUUUUGAGCUGAAUGUUAGCAUGUUGGAUGUUAUAAUACUGUAUGAUGUCAGGUCAGGUUAUUCUGACCUUUGAUAAUAAAAUAAAAUAUUGCUGUUUGAGUUAA